AUGAUGGUUAUGACUGACAUAUUCUCCCGUACAUGGGGUGAACAGUUUGAACGUGCGGAAGUACUGCCCGCACCCCAGCUCCCGCUCAUCACCGGGAAACAUUUUGAACGGUAUUUGAAAAAGUUGCGCAAGGUCGGUAUCCUAAACGGCUCGUCUCCGCACACUAGUCAUCCGGAUCCCGCGGAAAAUGUUGUCCUCAAAGCUGUGCGCAGCACCACUCCUUCGCGGCAGUUCCCCUCGAUGCACCAGUACCCGGUGCUGGAC